CGUUCUAGAAUCUGUGAACGCACGUGUACAUACUUUAUAAGUUUAGUUAGUUAAUUUGUAAAUACUUCAAUGACUAUUAUAACAUUUUUUCGUAAAACGUAACAUAAUAAAAAUAUAAAAUGCAACACGACGACGUGGUUUGGAGUGUUAUCAAUAAGUCUUUUUGUUCUUUCAAAGUAAAUACCAAAUCACAGAGAUUUUGCCGCAAUGAAUAUAAUCUUACAGGUUUAUGUAGUAGAUCAUCUUGUCCACUUGCAAAUAGUCAAUAUGCAACAAUCAGAGAAGAAAAUGGUAUUAUUUACUUAUUCAUGAGAACAGCAGAAAGAAUACAUUUUCCAAAAAAUGCGUGGGAAAAGGUGAAGCUAUCAAGAAAUUUUGAGAAAGCACUACAUCAAAUUAAUGAAAAUUUAUUGUACUGGCCUGGUUUUAUAAAAGCAAAAUGCAAACAAAGAUUUGUAAAGAUUACACAGUAUCUCAUUCGUAUGAGAAAAUUAAGGUUAAGAAGACAGAAAGAAAUUGUACCAAUCCAAAGAAAAAUUGAAAGAAGGGAGAGGCGUAGAGAAGAAAAAGCUCUUGUAGCUGCUAAAUUAGAAAAUGUAAUAGAAAAGCAACUUAUGGAAAGAUUAAAACAGGGCAUGUACAAUGAUAUUUAUAAUUUCCCACAAAAAGUAUUUGAUAAAGCUGUAGAAGCUGUUGAAGUUGAAGGUGAAAGCGAAGCUGAGGAUGAAGAAGAAGAAAAGGAACAAGAAAUUGAAAAAGAAGUGGAGUUAGAACUAGAAGCAGAUGAGAGAGAAAAGGAAACAAACGAGCAACAUUUCGUAGAAGCAGAAACUGAUGAGGAAAAUGAGGAAGAUGACUCUGACGUUGAAGAACUGUCUAUGGAUGAAGAUAGUGAUUCAGGACAAAAAGAAGAAAUUGAAUUAUUCGACGAUUUCGCAUCUGAAACGAGCGAUAUUGAAGAUAUAUCACCUGUUGGAAGUAAAAAGAGUAGGAAACCAAUUGACAAGAAAAGAACAUUACAAAAGAAGAUUCGUCCGAAAGUUGAAAUUGAAUAUGAAAUGGAGGAAGAACAACAUGAGAAAGAACGAGCAUAA